AUGCAAGAACAGCUACUGCAACGCACCAACACCAGCUUCGUGCUUUCACCACAAUACCUCUCCUUGAGCGGCACUAUCACGGGUUCUGAGCAGCUUAAAACCGCCAUCGCGCGCUUCCUCAACCGCCAUCUCAGCCCCUCCAAAAAACUCCAGCCGUCACACAUCAUUGCUACCAAUGGCGUUUCGUCCGCAAUUGAGCACUGCUCCUGGGCUUUCUGUGAUCCCGGCGAGGGCAUUCUGGUUGGCCGUCCAUAUUAUCGCGGGUUCAACAGGGAUUUCGGUCUACGACCAGGAUCGAAGCUUGUCCCCGUGAGCUUUGAGGGCAUGGAUCCUCUUAGCGUGUCUGCUGUGUCCAGAUACGAGGACGCCAUUAGGGACUCGCAUGGGCAAGGCUGUCGAAUACGCGCAAUAAUGCUCUGCAACCCGCAUAACCCGCUAGGUCGGUGUUAUUCUCGGCCAUUUCUCGUUGAGCUGAUGAAGAUAUGCCAAAGGCAUACCAUUCACUUGAUCAGCGACGAAAUAUAUGCUCUGUCGGUGUGGAGACAUGGUCACGACGACGCCACAGCGAUGGAGGAUUUCUCUUCGGUCCUCUCUAUCAGACCCGAUGGCCUGAUUGACCCCGGCCUAGUCCACAUGCUUUGGGGCGUCAGCAAGGACUUUGGCUCGAAUGGCGUGCGACUGGGUGUGAUCAUCUCCCAGGACAACGACGACCUGCUUGAAUCCGUCCGAGGCGUGGCCCAGUACAGCUCCAUUUCCGGACUGGCGGAUUAUCUUACUAGCACCAUUCUCGCCGACGAAGCAUUUGUGGACAAUUAUAUCAGGCAUAACCGCGCGGAACUGGCAGCAUCUUACCGAUAUGUCGUCGCGUUCUUGCAAAACCAUGGCAUUCCCUACGCUCGCGGCGCAAACGCUGCGUUCUUUGUCUGGUGUGACCUGCUAACAGCGUAUCUGAGAAGACGGCCUCGUCGGCCCCAUGGCGAAGACACGGCUGCAAGCUGUAGCGAGCUUUGUGGAAAGCUGGCCUUGCGCAAGAUUCAUCUCGGAAACGGCGAGGACUUUGGCAGCGAGCAGCCAGGCUGGUUCCGGUUGACCUUUUCGCAGUACCGUGACCAGCUUGACGAGGGGUUGAGGCGGAUUGUUCAAGUUCUUGAUUCUUCUACCUGA